GCUCCUCAGGCCACCUCGAACAGCACCGCAGCUCGGGGCCUCUCGGGGCCGCUGUCCCUUCCAACCGCUCACUCCCUGGGAGCGGGCCCGCGGGGCUCUCGGGGCUGCCGGUACUCUGGGUGGCACCUUCCCCGUCCAAGUGGCCGGCACGCCCCACACGGACACCACUCGGUUCAGACAACUGGCACCAGAACCUCUGCGCAGAAACCCCGCCUUGUUUCUGCCGAAAUCCCGGGAUUUUGGCGGGCUCGAACCGCCGAUAAGGCGGGGGCGACCCGCGGCGGGCCCUCCCUCAGCGCCGCCGGCGAGGCGGGGCGGGGCGGGGCGGAGCGGGGCGGGGCGGCGCCGACAUGGCUGCUCUGACAACGGCCGUGGCUGCGGCGGCCGCUCGGCAGCAACAGAAUGACAGCUGUUCCAGUACUGCAGGUGCUGGUCAACUAUUUCAGAACUGGAAGAUGAAAGCUGAAAAAGCUAAGAAAGUUGAAUUCAUAAGAACUGCAGAAAGGCUAAAAGCUCAGCUUGCAAAUAUAGAAAAAGACAAAAAUGGACAUCUUUACAAUAGGAAGGGUGAUUUCAGGGUAGAAUAUAGCCUACUAGAGGAACUGGAACGUAGCAUGACUGUCACCAGGAAAACUGAAAAAACUAAAAUCCUGCAGCAGCUAACAAAAAUACAAAAUAAUGUGAAAAGACUUCAGCAACAAUUAAAAGAUGUGAAGCCUACACCAGAAUUUAUUGACAAGCUCAAGGAAAUGAUGGAAGAAGUUGAAAAUGCAAUCAAUGCUUUUAAAGAGGAACAGAGGCAAAUAUAUGAACACCUUUUGAAGGAGGAAAGAACUGCUAUGAAUGAGCUCAGUGUCUUUGAGAGAAAAGUGGAUCUGUGGGCAUUGGGCAGCUCAACAACAGAGAAAGUUUUGAAAUUACCAUCACCCAAAGUCUCAGUUGAUAAAAGAAUAGAAAAUCAUAUACGUGAAGAAGAAGUAGAGUUUGAAAGAGUUCUACAGUGAACAGGAGGGUGGCAAGGAGGCUGGGAUGAUUAUGAUCAUCAAAAUUUUCUGAGAAUAUGGACAAAACACAAAGGAAGGCGGUCCUACUUGGAUGAAGUCCUUCAGUAUCUCUGUGGAAGAACAAAGGAAGAUAUUGAACAGCAUGACAAAUGGUAUCAAGAAUUUCUGAUCUUAUGUAGAAGAAACAGAGAGCCAAUUAAGAAGUGGGAAUAAAAGCAGCAGCAAGAAAAAGAAGGAAGCUUGAAGGAGAAAGAGAAAUCAGAAAAAAUGCUCAAGGAAGAACAGCAACAGUGUGAAGAAGCUCUGAAGCAAAGCAGUGAUUGAAGCAUGGAAAAAAGAAAACAACAAGCAUUAGCAUUUGCCAUGGAACAAGCAUCACAGCUAAAGCUAGCAGAAGAGAAAAGCAACAAGAGUCAGCACCACAUGAAGUUACUGUCAGAAACCUAUGCCUUGCAGAAGAUAAAAAAGGAAGAACUUGAAAAUCUUGAGAAGAGAGAGGAAGCUGAAAAGGAGGAAAGGAAGAGAACUGCAGAAGAAAUUACUAAGUUUCAAGAGCAUGAUCUACAUAAACUGGAGCAAAGUAUUUGAAAACAAGCUAAAGAAGUAGAGAAACAUGAAAAAGAAAAAAGGUUGGCAAAGUUAAGAGAGGAGGAGCUACCCCCGCCUGGAGACAAGGGUUGUAGGUGAGCACCUGCCCGUGUCUGUCGCGGGAUGAUGAAGCUUAUGAAGCGGCCAGCAGUCCUCGGGAGCUGUCACAAAAUCUGCUCGACACAGUGACGUGUGUUACCUUUGUUGACAAUUGCAUUUUUCGCGCUCUCUGGUCUGGAUAUGUUGGAUUCCUUAGAUGUGGUGAACAAAGAUGAUAUAAUAGAAUGGAUUUAUUCCCUGCAGGUCCUUCCCACAGAAG